UUUCCAGUGGAUAAGCAGAUAGCAGCAACGGAAUCCAUCACAGAAACCGUAGACAAAAAAUGGCUUCAAUCUCCACCUUCUCCGCUCUCCACUCUAUUUCUCGCCCUCGGCCUGCAAAUCCAGCCCUAAUUUCCACACCUUCCAUCUCGCUUCCCACCUCUAACCUCUCCUUCGCCGCCGCUUCUUUCAGGAACUCGCCGGUUCAGGGCGAGAGGCGGCGGCGCCGGUUGAAACGAGCGACGGCGGUCGAAGAGGAUGCUGCACUUCCGGAGCAAGAAGUUGAAGGCGAAGCGCCUUUGCCGUCUGAGCAGCCCGCGGUCACCGUGCCCGUUUCGCCCUCUGAUAUUCUCACCAUGUUCUUUCAGGCAGAGGGGACACUAAAUGAAACAGCUAUUCCUUCUGUAACUGAGGCAUUGGAGCAAACGGAGGGUAUCACUGAUUUGAAGGUUAAAGUUGUUGAGGGCAUUGCAUCUGUUGAGCUUACGAAACAGACAACCAUACAAUCGACAGGAGUGGCGUCGAGCUUGAUCGAGGCCAUUCAGGGUGCAGGUUUCAAGUUACAAACGUUAAAUCUGAGUUUCAAGGACAAGGAAGAAGUUUUUGCUUAAAUGUCGAUCAGGUCUGAUGAGAUUAUAUUUUUGCCAUAGCUUGAUUUUUUGUGUAUGAAUGGUGGGGUGAGUUUCAUCUUUAUGUCACAAGGAUGGAGAAAUGGCAUGCUAUUAAUCCAAAUGAACCAUAUUCUUUGAAACUAUUUGUUUUCUCA